CGACGUCACUGUAGGCCGGGUGAGCCGCCGUUGCUGAAGUGGCAGGCCUUAUUCCGUUUCAUGUAGCAAGGGCGAGAUAACAGACAUGGGAAGUGAGCAUUACUGCCUCAGGUGGAAUAAUCAUCAGAGCAACUUACUCGGUGUAUUCAGUCAGCUUCUUCAAGACGAGAGCCUUGUAGACGUUACCCUUGCCUGUGCUGAAGGACAUUCAAUACGUGCUCACAAAGUGGUCCUCUCAGCUUGUUCAUCUUAUUUUCAGACACUUUUUGUUGACCAUCCAAGCCGGCACCCAAUUGUUAUCCUUAAGGACGUACGGUUUGCAGAAUUAAGAACUCUAGUGGAAUUCAUGUACAAGGGUGAAGUGAACGUCGAGUACUGUCAGCUGUCAGCUCUACUGAAAACAGCGGAAAGUCUCAAAGUGAAAGGUCUCGCAGAGAUGACAAACUUAAAUUCGGGAAGAGAUGAACAUAGUGAAGUGCCUAACGCAAAGCAUUCGAGCAACGCCAGUGGAGCUGACGUUCCUCCCUCUUCGGAUUCUGCUGCCAAGAGGCUCAGUGAUGGAGGUGCAAGAACGCCGCUUCCAGCCGAAAGUGUUUCCCCGCCUGUUCGUGUUGAGAGACAGCAGUUUGGUGAUAAAGAUAAUUCCGGUUGUGAUGAAAACGAAAGUUGUGACGAAGGAGCGAGGCGAGCAGAUACACCUGAAGUUGAUGACCUAUCCAUUCGUGGCAGUUGUGCUGGGCCGAGUGAUAUGACAGUGGGUAGCAGUGUAGUGUCAUCUCAUCCACCUACAGCAGCCGCAGUUACUGCGACGUCUUCGACAGCUGUUUGCAGGCUACCAUCUCCCCACAGUAGUGAACCAAUCCCUGGGCCUUCAUGUAUGCUACCAGUUCAACAAGUACCCUUGUCUUUAAAGAAGGAAGUAGAUUGGGAUCGAAGUGUUGCUGAUGAUAAGAGUACCACAGGAGAAAGUUCCUCUGACUAUAGACAUCCGCAAGAUUUGGAUCUUUCUCCCUUAGAUGCGAGAUAUGGAUCUCCUUGUGUGAUAACAGGGUCACGGCAACUGGGAUCUGAUAUUCAGAUAAGUAACCACGCAAGAUCCUCUACACCCUUCCAGUUCCCAUUUUCUCCAUUUGCUGCUGGCUUUCCAAGUAGUUUUGGUGCUGGCUUCCCUGAUAUGGGCAUAGAUGCUUUAAGUCGGCAAAACUGCUCAAUAUUGAAUCUCCUCCACCAACAGAGCUUGCUGGCUUCACCAGUAUCGGAAGAUGGUGGACGAUCCCCAUUUGGAACAGUUGGCUCUGGUAUUUUCAGAUGCUCAGUCUGUUUGGCUUCCUUCCCUUCAUCUUGGCUCCUGGAACAACACUCUGACUUGCAGCACUCUGUACCAUCUCAAGCUGAAGAUACAGAAAGUGAAGAGAAACCUUUCAAAUGUGAUCAGUGUGGACAGAGCUACAGAUAUCGAUCCGCCUAUUUGAAGCAUAGAGAACAAAACCACAGAGCUCGCUUACCGGCAGACAAGCUCUUCACUUGUGAUGUCUGUGGAAUGCAGUUUCGAUACUUGAAGUCUUUCAAGAAGCAUCGUCUUAACCAUGCUCUGGAAAAGUUACACUCUAAGUCUCCAUCAGAAUUUGACAUAUUUACGCGUACUAUCAGAAAUAAUGGAAUGCUUGGGGAUCUUCUCGGAGAGAGAGCACUUCGAAAUAGCAGUGUACCUGAAUCUGCGACAGAUUACAGUGGAAAGAUAUUUCCAUUCAUGCAUAAAGGAAGUGAAUCAAACAGUGACAGUACUUUGAAUACAACUGUGACAUCGUCGGAUAAAGAUAUGGAAAAAUCUGCUGCAACACCUACUGCAAGUGCUCCAACCCCAGAAAGCAGCAGUGAACAAGUUUCAAGCUCAAAUGAGGCUGUUGUUCGAAACAUGUCUGAAGAAAAACCGGUCUUGAAUCCCAGUUAUGAGCGCAUACCUAGUGGAUCAUUAUCUAAACUGGGGGGUCAAAACUUGUACAGAUUUCCCCUCAGUGAUUAUUAUUAUGGUAGUAGUGCCAGCACAACAGAAGGAAGCUCAGUAGAAGAAAAGAAAGUGUUUAAAACAGAAAAGACAUCUGAGGCAGAACAAGAUGAAACGAUAGAUUCUAUGACAUUUGCACUGUCUAUGACAUCCAGUGGAAGUAAUACUUUCCGUUCAGCACACGAAGCUUCACUUAUCAAUUUACUUCGCAUGGAUGCUGCUGAAAGACAACGAGAACGUAGGUUUGCUUGCCCAUUUUGUGGCAAGUGUGUACGAUCAAAGGAAAACCUGAAGUUGCAUGUCCGGAAACAUACUGGAGAGCGGCCAUUUGUGUGUCUAUUUUGUGGACGGGCAUUUGGGGGAAAGAGUGAUUUAACUCGUCAUCUUCGCAUACACACAGGUGAACGCCCCUACCAUUGUGAAAUGUGCGGCAAAUGCUUUGCGAGAGCUGACUAUUUAUCUAAGCAUCUGACCACACAUAUACAUAACUCCCAGCGAUGA